CUUUGUUCUCCUUGAGUAGACUGAAGGGAUUCUUUUUCAAAAUACCGUUGAAAAAUCACACUGCCCUGAGGAGGUUUUCCACAUCCUGUGUGGGGCCUCCUUGCUGGGCAGAGGGUUCCACUGCUUGGCUGACCUAACCCUUUGUUACUCAGGAAUUUUGUCAUUCAGACACCUCCUUGGUCCUACCCUGGAUAACAGGAUUGUUUGUUACGGGGCAGACAGCUCCCGUAAGUGAAGAGGAUAUCGGCGUAUUUGAUUCUAGCAGGACUAAGCCCAGGGUUGAGAAUCCACCUAUUCACAAAGAGAAGGAAGCUUCUCUUGUGGAUCCUGUGUUCUGUGUGGGCAUUGUCCCAAGGUAUCAACCAGCUCAGGAUGUAGUUAGGGAGCCAAAAGCAGGAGAGGUGAUUUCCAUGGAAAACAAGGAAAAUUAGCAAAACCUAUAGACCCUCUACUGAAUAAUGUUGUGUUUAGGUUACUCGGUUUAGUAAGUUUGUCUGCUUCCCUUCACACACAGGCUCCACCCCCGACCCUACCCUCACGCAGACAGAGCGGGCAAAACAAACCAACCCCACAGAAAACAAAAGUCCGAAGUUGUCAGAUUUGGUGUAGGUUUCCCCGGCAAGAACAUCCCGCAAGAUGGCAGAGGAGAGCAGCAGUACCAGCGACUGCGUGUCCUUCAGCGUGCUCACCUGGGACCAGGUGAGCCGGCUGCAUGAGGUCCUGACCGAGGUCGUACCCGUCCACGGGCGAGGCAACUUCCCCACCUUGGAGAUCACGCUGAAGGACAUCGUGCAGACGGUCCGCGGCCGGCUGGAGGAGGCGGGCAUCAAAGUGCAGGACGUCCGGCUGAACGGCUCUGCGGCCGGCCACGUCUUGGUCAAAGACAACGGGUUGGGUUGCAAAGACCUGGACCUCAUCUUUCACGUGGCUCUGCCCACAGAGGCCGAGUUUCAACUGGUCAGGGAUGUGGUUCUGUGCUCCCUCCUGAACUUCCUGCCAGAGGGCGUGAACAAGCUCAAGAUCAGUCCAGUUACUCUGAAGGAGGCGUACGUCCAGAAGCUGGUGAAGGUGUGCACGGACACUGACCGCUGGAGUCUGAUCUCCCUCUCCAACAAGAACGGGCGGAACGUGGAGCUGAAAUUUGUGGAUUCCAUCCGGCGUCAGUUCGAGUUCAGUGUGGACUCUUUCCAGAUCAUCCUGGACUCCCUGCUCUUCUUCUAUGACUGCUCCAGCCACCCCCUCUCCGAGCACCUGCACCCCACUGUCAUCGGGGAGAGCGUGUACGGGGACUUCGGGGAAGCCUUGGACCACCUGCAGAACAGACUCAUCGCCACCAAGAACCCCGAGGAGAUCCGGGGCGGGGGGCUGCUCAAGUACAGCAACCUCCUGGUGCGGGACUUCAGGCCCACCGACCAGGACGAGAUCAAGAGCCUGGAGCGCUACAUGUGUUCCCGGUUCUUCAUCGACUUCCCCGACAUCCUCGAGCAGCAGAGGAAGCUGGAGACCUACCUGCAGAACCACUUCGCUGAGGAGGAGAGGAGCAAGUACGACUACCUCAUGACCCUGCGCAGGGUGGUGAACGAGAGCACCGUGUGCCUCAUGGGCCACGAGCGCAGGCAGACCCUGAACCUCAUCUCCCUGCUGGCCCUGCGCGUGCUGGCCGAGCAGAACAUCAUCCCCAAUGCCACCACCGUCACCUGUUACUACCAGCCCGCGCCGUAUGUCAGUGACGGCAACUUCAACAAUUACUACGUGGCCCACCCUCCGGUCACCUACAGCCAGCCCUACCCCACCUGGCUGCCCUGUAACUAACCUUGAGACCCGAGGGUUUCCACAGGGGGAACCCCCGUAGGGCGAGGGCUCUCAGGUAGGGGAGCCUCCUUCUAGAUGCAAGUGUUUGGCUUUUAAAGGGGAACUCAGCUCUGAUUCUGCUUUUUUUUUUUUUUUUUUCUUUGUGUGCCCAUUGGAAUGGGUCUCCAGUAUAUCAUGAGCCAACCCUAAAGGGACCUGUUAUUCCAGUGCCACUUUGGAAAGUGCUAUAGGAACUAUGACCUAUCCACAUCUUUCCAAGACAGACACUAACGUGCCGUGUUCCAGACAUCGGCACAGGAACGUCUGAGCUCCAUGCGGUCGUUGAGAUUGGGAAACACGUGGGCAGUGUAGAAGUCUCCAGCUGCUGGGCUUCUCACUGGAGCCUAGGGUAGGGGAUGUCGGCCCUCACUUGGAAUUCUCAGCACUUACGUGAAAGUUGUGCGGAUGGUCUAUUUUCUUGUGUCAAUUUUAGUACCGCAGAAAAUGGUAAACAUGAGGGUGCUCUUGUGGCUUCAUUUUUGUUCAAGGGACUGAACUGCUUAUGUUUAUUCUCUGUCAACAGAGCUGAGGAUUUCUCUCCACAAUAAACCAAAGCCGAUAGCUGGAGAAUUACCAUCUGGUUGGAAGUGGUUUAUGGUUUAGAUGCUGUGCUAUCACGAGGAAUUGUGAGAUAUUGCUGAGAAAAAAAAAAAAAAGACCUUUUCUUGAAAUGUAACUUGAAAACAAAAUAAACUGUGCAACAUAAUGUUCAGUAGAAUUGUGGUGGGGGAUUGUAAAUAGGAAACGUGAAUGUUCAAUUUUUCUUUUCUUUAAAGUGAGGAAUUCUUAUUGAAUGACACUUUUUUGUUUCCCUCAUCAGCUCAUCACUUUUGUUUUGCUCUUCCCAAGACUAAGGAUUGUGCCGAGUCUAGAGUCAUUGCCGUAACUGAUGUGAGGGUCUUCCCAUGUUUUAAUCGGAAACCCAUUUUGGUCACAUUCCAAGUAUGACUGGCUGUUUUUUCUGGCGUACUUUGGCUGAUUUCUGUUUUUGUUUUUUUCAAAAAUAGUGGUUUCCUUCUCCAGGCUUUUUGGACAGCAAACAAAUCCAGGGAUUUCAGUAGAUCCGAGUGACCUGUGGAAUGGUCCACGCCUGCGGGCAGAGUUCUCUGGUUUAAAAUUGCUUUCGAUUCGCACCUGCUGUCCCUGUGCUGUGUGUGAGGUGGGCGCUCCUUCCAUCAGUGGGGCCUCGUGUGUGUCCGAGCCCCCAAGGCAUCCUCCAGAGGAUUCCUUCUGGCGUAUUUGGGAAGAAUUGAGAGAAUGAAGAAGAAUAAUCUUCCUUACUCUGGUAGAUUGACCAUACUUGUUUAUAUGCUGCACUUUAGAAGGCAAACAGUGUUAAUCUGUAGUCUGAAGCAAGCUUAGCAAAUGGGAGAGCUCUAGGCUACUGUUGCUUUCCCAGUAGGGUAAGGGACUUUGCGUUUCGAAGCUUUUUGUGGGAUCUCUUAGAAAGCAUCACUUUAGGGUAUCAAGGGCAAAGAAACUCCAUAUUGCCAGCCAGCUUAGUUUCUUGAGUGAUUUAAUUAAAUCCAUGCGCCUGAUUUUUACUUUCUCCUGUGGCCAUAAAAAUCCCAAGCCCUGAGUGAUUGCUUUCUCCUUGCUUGAAGCGAUGAAGUUACCUUAAUGCUUAGUAGAAAAGGAGUGGUGUACCUUUUUCUGAAGAUUAUAUUUUCAGGGUUUUUUUCUGGAAUACGUUGUCUUGGUCCUCUUGAAAGCAGAUCGGGCAUGACUGAAACCCGAGGCUAGGUUGGCAUCCAUGUUGUGGACUCGUUGAAUAGAAGUCACUUCUUAGUGUAACCAGCUUCUAUUUCCCUGUGAACCAGUAGUUAUAUUUGAAUUCACUGGCUUUGAGUCAAGGCUGGUUCUACAUUGAGGCAGGCCCUGGGGUGCUUCAGUGUUAAAAAGGGCAGUGAAGAGUGAGCCCCAACUUUAAAAACUCUGUGGUCAUCCAUGACCUUAAAAGGCUGCCAUUGUGGUCAAAUGGCAACAUGUUUGCACAAAGAUGACAGGUCUGUUUAACCAAAGCUCUGAAAUAUGACAAAGCCACCAGCAUAAGCACUUGCUCACAGAAGUCAGUAUUGCUUCUACUAAGAAGGCUUGCGGAUCAGGGUAACCAGGGUCCGGAUGAAGGUGGGAUCAGAACUGCAUCAAGUAAUUGAAUUUCCAGUUUGUCCUUGGAGUUCUUUCUGCUUGAUAUCUUUUUCCUGUCUGGUACUAGUCCUCCUUUAAGGAUGAAGGGAGGCACAGAAGUUGCUAGAAAUCCCCAGCCCCCCAGUUAUUUACCACCAUCGCACGGUGGCCAGCUCGAUAGACUCCCUUCACCUGAAGUUCUUAGUCAGCCCAGGUGUUUUGAAGUUUGAGAGUAGACCUGUGUUCUAGAACCAUCAGGGUAAAAAGCUGCACUCAUCCAAAGCUGCACUUUUAAAUACCACCCUGGUCUAGUGGUGUCUCCAUCUGCUCUAUGAGCCUCUCGCCUGCCUCAGAACAGGUAACCUUGAAUUUCAGGUGUCUGGAAAUUCUAGCUGGAACCUGCCUUUUGUGCUGCUCGCACAAGCACCAGGUACUCUGAACUUGUACUGAGUCCAGUGGUUCCUCUUCUUUGUGUGUUGAGUAAUAUGAAACUUGGCAGUGGCAAAGGGCACUAAAGUUCAAGUGCAAGUUCUAAUAUAAAUGUAAGCAGCCUCAUUUGCUUCAGGGCUCUGAGCAGUUUUCUGAUGCUUUCUGCAGGCAUGCAGUUUGUUACCCCAGCCUGCUUCUUGGAACCAGGUUGAGCAGCUGUGAGAUGAAAGCUGUACCUUUUCCCUCAUGUGUUGGCAGAAGAGGACACACUAAAUUCCUGGCCUCGAGCUUCAUUUCACCUUUAAAUCUUACCUGGGCAGUGAGACACUAUUCCUCACUCAAAAACUUCAACUCUGAAACUAAACUACAUCACUGACACCUUCAAAUCAGGGUUCCUGCUGACUGCACAUGGGAGGUGGCAGGGCUCACAGCUGGGAGGACCUCGCAGGUGGGGAGAGGCGGGUAGGAAAGAUGCUGGGUUCCUGGUGUGUGUGGUAACAGAUGUGGUUUGGUGUUCAAGGGUUUGUUGUUGUUUUUUUCCCCCAGUUUGAUAUUCUUCCCCCCUGGGGAUUUGAGUCACAGAGAACUGUGUGUGAACGUGUGUUUUGUGGUGAUGCAAUAAUAAUGAAAUUGCUAAAGCCCCGAAUCUGCUUGUCCUUCAGCCUCUCUGCUAGCACUAGCCCCUUACCUUCAUGGUAGAUUAGGAUUUUAACCUAGUACUGCUUUGUUAACUUUGAAAAAUGGUGCCACUCGAAAGCAACUUCCUAACUUUAGGAAUACCUCCUUUUUAGUUAACUUUCUGGUACCAGUGCCUUGUUUUAGGAUGCAGCUAGACUCUGAGCUCCAAUGUCCUCUUCCAGAGAAUAAAUGAUAGUUAUCUAGUUGUGAGCAGAGAGCAGAGAUCCUAAUGCUCCUUGGGGCCAUGGCUUCCCGCGUAUCUGAUGGUCUCCACACUAGGGAAGAACCCUUGGGGUAGAUUCUGUGAGGUGAAAGAACAUCCAGUUGCCAAGGUUAGAUUCGAUUUUUAAUCUGGCAGAGACCAGAAUGUCACAGCUGACUUUGGAACAUACUCCAGUUCGGCCAGUUCCAUUCAGAGGACCAAGGGAGGGGUGUGUAGCUGGGGAUGUAUUUAAAAAGACCUGGCAAGUUUUCAGGAUUAUUUGUGGAGACUUCCAAAGUGAAGAUCAGGAAAGAAAAUGCUUUCUUCUGAGUUCAAGUUCUAAAUCUUGUUUACCUAUCACUUAAAGAAUAGUUUAAGUGGAAGCAAAAGAAAAUGCUUGGAGUUUUGCCUGGGCUAGUGAGGGGUGGUGCAAAUUGUCAUGUGUGUUUGCAUAGGAAGGUGAGAAGACCAUCCGCUAAAGAGGAAGUCGUUAAAUAAUAUGGAUCUGUGGGUGUUUUAAAACUCAAGCAAUCUGGUCUUUUUUUUUUCAUGAAUUAAAAAAAAAAAAUCACUGCUUUAGGAAAAUUAACUUGUUAUCCAUUAAUUUCCAACUUACUAUAGAUGAAAAGAUACAAAUUAGACUAAAUUGGAAGCUUUUUUGUUAUUCUAUAUUUGCAUAGCCUUUCAAAUAUUAAUUUCCUAGGAUAUGUGAGGUUUCCUCUUUGGUGUAACGGCCACUGACCUUCUUAUGGGAUGCAGGUGAAAUCACUUGUCAAUGCAAAAUGUGUUAGAACCUGAUGAAAUAAAGCUUUGAGUUUGAGAAAUAAAG